AUGGCCAGCGAGAAACAGGACAGUGUGGGUGGCAGCCAGGGUGGUGGCCCCAUGAAAUUUUCCCGCUACCGGUCCGUGAGAAAAGCCGCCAAACAGCCACCGGUGUCUCGUGCUCCUAGCGCCGCGGGCUCAGGAGCCCAUGCGCCCGUCCCUCAGGAUGAUUUCGCGACCGCUUUGGCCUCGAACACCACCAUUAAGAGAAGUAUGUCGCGAUAUCGGCGUCCGAGAACAUCCACUUCGCAAUCGACUCCCGAUCCACCGCCUCCCCUUCCGACCUCCGCCGAUCGAACGCGAGAUCUCGCGCAUCAGGGACGUCCCCGUGGUGACACUGUUGACUCUCCCGUCCGCCGGCGCUCUGCAGGACGUAGCGAGGACGUGGGGUCCAGAAUUGCUGCAGACAACAAGAUUGAUUCGAGAUCGGCCACUGAGGAGAGACCGUACCGUGGUGGAGACCACAAUAGGGCCCGCGCUAAUAAUGGCGAUCAUUCUGCAACCGCUCGCGAUCUGCAUCGACAAAAUGCGAUGGAUUGUUUGACUGGAGGGGAUCAAAUUUCCUCGGCGUCCACUUCGGCGUUUCGGAGACCAACGGUGCGACUGAGGACUCGUAAGAAUACAGAGAGCGAAAACGAGCCCGAUGACGAUCGCAACCAUGAUCGGACUCGGUCCAGGCCGUCGAGUCAAGAGAUUAAAGCGGGUCGACGACGGUCGAAGAAUCAACAACCAACACCGCCGUCGAGGAAGCCACCGAAUGCUCUCUCAAAUGAUCAAAGUGACAGCGAUGCCGCAUUUAACAGCCCGGUCGAAUCUGGCGCCUUGAGCCGGUUUCCUGGCAUCGAUGCGCCCGUUUCUGCCGUGAAUUCCGGCGAACGGGCAGUCCAUGUCCAGUUCAAGAAACAUACUUUCAUACUAAAUGUGGUCCCAUCCACAUCGGCCCAAGACCUUUUGCUCUCCGCAGCAGAAGUUUUGACUGGCCAGAUUGACCCUCACAAAUACAUAUUGGUAGAGUCCUUCCGAGAGCUUGGGCUGGAGCGACCGCUGCGCAGAUACGAGUACAUCAGAGAUGUCAUGAACUCGUGGGCAAGUGAUGGAGAGAACCGGUUGAUCAUCGUUCCUCCCGCCAGCCUUGAUGCCUUGUCUAUGCUCGAGUCUCAAAGUGUCUCGUCUGAACCACCUGCGGACGUGACCGUACAGAUGUACUACUCGCAACGCCCGCGCAAGUGGGACAAACGCUACGUGACCUUACGGUCGGAUGGGCAGAUCACUGUCUCCAAGAAGGAGCGGAGCCAAGAUCAAACCAACACCUGCCAUCUGUCCGAUUUUGAUAUGUACUCGCUCACAUCAAGUUACUAUGCGGACAGCGUGAGGCCGCCGAAAAAGGUCUGCCAGGCAGUGAAAAGCCAGCAGAAGUCAAGCAUGUUCUUGACCACCGAAAAAUUCGUGCACUUCUUCUCGACCAACCACAAGGAUGUCGCGGAGACCUGGUACAAGGCAGUUCAAGCCUGGCGCAGCUGGUACCUGGUGACCAAACUAUGCGCCGGUAGGCCGGAAGAAAAACGGCAAUCCCAGAUAGACACGGAUGACGCCCGAGGUGGAGUGAAGUCGCCCCCGAAGCCAUUGAUGAACCCUUUCGAGAGCUCUGACGAAGGAAUGGCUUCGUCUUCGUCUCAAGAUCCCUCGAAAGCAACGACAUCCAAGCAGCUGUUCUCGCGCAAGAAGAGCGCUCGGGGCCACGGACCACCUCCCUGUUCUCUCCCAAAGUCGCUCGCGACAGAUGCCGAUACGCCAUUAUCUCAAUUGUCUGAAGCGGCUCCUUUUACGUCUUCAGGUCUGUUGGGCCGAACCUAUACGGUCCGCCAACGGGCCAUGAAAGAGCGGGAAGAACAAGAAAGGAGGGCGAAUGAGGAAGCGUUUACCCAAGGCCUUGUCGGGGCCAUGAGCUCCCGUCCGUCGCACAACUCCGCCAGCGGACCCAAUAGUCGGUCCAACAGCCGAUCCAAUACGAUGACGUCGGCACAUGCCCCCGAUCAUGCGAGUCUCAUGAAACGCUCCCAGUCCGUCAAGAGCAAGCCGCUAGUCGACUUGACGCCGGUCUACCAAGAGCCACCGCAGCAUGCCCGCAAAGGCCGAGCCGUCACGGUUGACCCCGGCAUGCCAUUAAUCGGCGCCGCUACGAGCCGUGAUGGCCCGCUUAAUGCAAUCACAAUCCCACCGGCAACGACCUGGAAACGGCCAACUAUCCCUCCAGUCCCAGAACUCCCGUCAGCGACAACAGCAGACUGUCGAACUCGCAAGCGAUCCAACACAGCCCGCAGCGUGAGCAACCACCCUCGACACCACCAAACAUACACCGCCCCCUCUUCCCCCACGUCUCCCAUCGACAGCGCCCAGUACCCAGGGAAGGAACCCUUCAUACCAAACAGCCUCCUAGCCCGAACCGCCCAGCUGGCCGUGACACCAAGCGGAGCGCCAAUCGGACACGGCGUCGCAACGGGCGACCGCAACGCGGCCAAACCCAUGUUGGACAUGACGCCGCAGAGCCCAUUCGCGGAGGGUAGCCUACUGCACGGUCUAUGA